AGAAAGACCACUUCACAACCUUUCCAAAGUAACCUGGCUUGGUCCUAGCUUUUUAAAAGCUAAAUAACUAUGUUUUACGAUCUGAACGUGCCCUACAGUCCAGACGAUCCCGAGAUCUCUUCAACGUUAAGCUUUCUUGCAGAACUCGGUUACACAACGAUCGCCAUUUCGCAACCCUUGAGCGGGAAGCUUCCUCCAAAUCCUACUCCCCCACUACUUCCGACCAAUGCUCCCAAGAACCUGACACUACUCACCCGCGUGAACCUAACGCUUUCCGACCCCACGCAGAAUCAGCGGCUUAGCACGCUCGCUCAAGCAUAUGAUCUAGUCGCCAUUCGUCCGGCCAAUGAAAAAGCCUUGUUAAAUGCCUGCACCAAUCUAGAAUGCGAUGUGAUUUCUCUAGAUCUGACCGUCCGACUUCCCUACCACUUCAAAUUUAAAAUGCUGUCCGCAGCUAUCGCACGAGGAAUUCGCUUUGAGAUUUGCUACGGACCUGGAGUCACAGGGAGCGGUACCGAUGCCCGGCGUAACCUCAUCGGUAAUGCCAUGUCUCUGAUCCGUGCGACACGCGGAAGAGGGAUCAUUAUAUCGAGUGAGGCCAGGAAAGCUCUGGGGGUUCGGGCGCCAUGGGAUGUGAUCAAUAUGGCAUGUGUCUGGGGCCUAUCACAAGAGCGCGGCAAGGAGGCUGUUUGUGAGGAAGCAAGAAAGGUGACUGCGCUGGCGAAGUUGAAGCGCACAAGCUGGCGUGGAAUUGUUGAUGUUAUUGAUGGCGGAGCAAAGCCGAAGCCGAAAACUGACAAACAUGAUUCUAAACAUAAGAGUGCUGCACCCAAGCAGAAAGGUACUCCUCAACUCGAGAGCAAUAGUGAUAGUCUCAAGAGGAAAGCGUCUGUGGGAGAGACCGAAAAGCCAAUAUCGAAACGAGAAAUGAAACGCAGAGCCAAGAAAGCUCGACUCGCUGUGGUCGACGAUGAAGACAGUGCGGGAGCAACGCCAGCUAAUAGCUAAAUCAAACGAACCCUGCGGUUCCCAAAGUCUGUAUUCCUACAGUAGAUUGCUGGGGCUUUCCAGUGCUACUAUCCAUCAUUUCGCUCCGUCGCGUGCUCAAGAUGAUUUUCAGACCCCGACACUGAGCCUCCUUCCCUUUAUACCUUGUGACCAUGCCAUAUCAAACUACCCAUUCGCACAUCCUAUACGUGCUUUACAGGUGACAUACCUUCACGGCCACAAGGAUACGGAGCAGCAUUAUUUUGCAUUCUAGCUUAGCGAGAGCUAGUUGAAUACAUCUCAUAGGGCGCCGAAAGGAUUUUGACUUUGGGCGUGGGUCGAACAACAACAACGGCUCGUUCUUGACAAAAAACUAUGCUGCUCCAUCAUACUAUGAGUGCAUGGCUUAACUCUCUGGAUCCGUCAUUUGGGUCUAUGAGGAGCUAGAUAUCACCGGCUACACGUCGAGUUGACAGAAUAACGAGGCCGUGUUACACCAGUACGGCAAUCCAACACCGCGGUAUUUACUUCAUAUUAUGCAAUGAAUAGAUACGCAGCAGAUACC